GAAUGAAAUUCAAGCCCGCUCUGCCUUCUCAGCAAAGCUUACAAAUCUUCCUCAAAAUAUUACACCACGUGAUCUCUAUGAUAUUAGAAAUAUGGUCGCAGCUUCCGCAUGGAUCAUCCCCAGAGCUCAUUCGAACUAUAAUUAUUUGCAACACACAUUCUUCUAUUUUUCUAACAAAGAAGAUAUUCAAGCUGCUUUGGAUAUAAAAAAUCUAACUCUAAAUAACAAAAAAUUGGAAUGGACUGAUCCAAAAGCCAAAUUAUGUGCAAUUUGCUCCUUAACACAUCAUAACGCUUCUACUUGCCCAAGACGCCGUCAAUCUUCUAAGGACCGCAACAUGCAAAAUCUUUACUAG